UAUGGCAGGUAGUUCAAUGCAGAUUGAAAGAACACCGAUACGUUUCGUGGUUUCUCGUCGUUUACCAGAUUUGACCACGCCUUUUAUUUACAUCUCAUGCCGCUGUGUGAAUGAACACCAUUAGAGAAGAUGACCACUGAAAAACCCCUUUGCAAUGAGAGUGACAAACGCCAUUAAUGGAUGAGUAACCCAAUAAAUUCAUUAUUAAUUAUAUGAAUCUGUGUCACCGGUGGGAUUAUUACGGUGACAAUGGCAGCUGUGAGUUUUACGGAUCCGCUUUGCAAACCGUGUUCUUACAGUCCACAUUUCAAAGUUGAGCUGUGCGUGAGGAAGCCCCUGAUGCCCAUCCACCUGAGCAGCGAGCAGGUGGCACUGGAGAUGCUGUGUCUCUGCAGCCAGUUGGACCUACUGAUCAGAGCUCAGGUCCAUCAGUUUCAGGAGCAGCUUAAACAGGACACAAGUCCUGAAGGAGUCUGAGUGUUUUCAAAAACAAGGAGCUGAGAUAAUAUUUCAGAUGAACCAGUGCCUUGAACAUCUCAAUGAGCCGUUGCUUCAGCUUGAGGAGUAUUUGGAUGUUGUAGGAUUGUCCAGUCUAUUUCCUCGUGUGGAAGUUUAUAUGAUACACGGCAGCCCUAUUGACAUGUUGGAAAGACCACCUUCAGAUGCUUAUUUUCCACAUAUUGGGAGGCUGAACCAGCUGCUGGUUCUCAGUCAGCAGUUAGAUGAAGAUGUGAAGCAUCUGGGCAGUCAUAAGUACAUUGCACAUCAGCUGUCAGCAAUUUAUCAAGUCCUAAACUCUCUCAAAGAUGUUUUGCCAUUAUCCAUCAUAAGAAAGGACAUUGAGGCCAAUUUCAAGCAGCUGAAGAUGUCUCUUUCGACAGAGGAAGGGUCCAAGCUGGAUCCUCAGUUGCCAGCCCAUCACGUGAGCUGGGUGUCAGAGUUAACACAAAACGUGAUAUCAACGGUACUGUCACUAUCAGAAGAGCUCACCGAAGACCUCAAUCCAGUCAUGGAGUUUGUCUCUAACCUCUCGUAACAGCUGGAUCUACAGUGCCUGGAUAGUGAGAAAUUGUCACGGAAUGAAGUGAUUCCCUUGAAAAUGUUAUUUUGUGUGUCUUUUGAUUUAUUCGUCUGUAUACACCACAGAUAGAACUGUGAUAAUGUGAUCCAGAAGUAUUUCAAGACAAAUGUUUACAUUUUGAGUACUACCACUUAUGACUUUAUUUGAACCAUUUUAGAUAUUUUUUAGCGUUGUUGGCUUAUGAUUUCUGAGAUUUCAUAUAUUAAGACAAUUGUUUCUUAGAAAAAACCCUGUGCAAUAAUGUAUUUUAUAAUGCAUCUGUAUACUUGAAAUGACUGUUGCACAUGUUCUUUCCAUUCUGUACAUGAUGGUGCUAGCAUUGUUCAUCAGCACAACACAUGUGAUUUCAUGUCUCCAUCCUUCUAAUGUACAGUUACUCAGUCAUUGUUGCAGAAUAAACUCAAACAUGUCAUCUUGAUUGGAGAAGCGAAUGCAUUUUAAAUUUGUGAAUUUAUUAUUUAUUACAUAUUAGAAUUUAUUUAUUAUAUUCAAUGAUUGAACAUUGUAGCUUCAUGAUGUUAUCCUUAAAAUAUUUUGGAUACAUUUAAAACCUAUACAUUGACUUUAAGCAGUAUUUAUGAAAAAUGCUGUACAAAUUAAGCUUGCUAUUUGUAGAAGCAGUAUUGCUGGAGAACUGAUUAUUCUCAAAUUAUGUAAUAUACCUCCCAUGGGCUUACGUCAGACGUACAGCGCGUUCUCGUUGACGUGCACGCGGCUAUGUUGAACUGGGAGUAGCCAAAUCUAUACGUGCAGUUUACAUUAAUCCUCCAAUCAAGAUGACGGCUGUCGCUGUAACACAGAAAUGGAAGAAUUCUGAUUGACACUCAAACUAGCCAAUCAGAUUUUUGGUUUUGGUUUGUUGACGUGCGUCUCAGCCAAUGGCAUCCAAGAUUAGAAGAGCAUCAGUUUCUAGUCCAGCUAUGAUCUGAGAGAGAUGAUAGCAGAGCCAACUUUACUGUCCAGAUCGGUGCAAAAAGAGAACUCAGUAGUUGAUGUCUCUUCCUGUGCAUCGGUGCAUCACGUCUCAAGUGAGAGAAAUGAAAACCGACAGAAGACUGUGAGAGGAAAGAGGAAAGCCCGGGAAUGCUCUGAGAAUGCUAAACGAAAGCAUUCAAAGAGCAGUAAUGGCAGCCUGGGCAGAGCAGAGAACGAACAGCUCAAAAAUGGAGACGUGGAAGCUGUCACACUGUUUGAGGUGGUCAGCAUGGGCAGGAGCGCCAUGCAGGCUGUGGUGGAUGACUGGAUUGACGCAUAUACUGGUGACAGAGACACAGCACUGCUCGAUCUCAUCAGCUUCUUUAUCCAGUGUUCAGGAUGCAAAGGGAUGGUUACAGCAGAGAUGUUUCAGAGCAAAAAGGGUACUGAUGUCAUGAGCAAAAUGGUGGAGGAUCUGGAUGAGGACACAGGCUUACAAUACAAGAAGUUUCUUGCAUUUCCAUGGAUUUUAACUGUCACGUGGCCUCUUGACAUGGACAGUGGCGAGUAUCCCCUCAUUAUGUCUGGACUAUACUGGAAGAGGUUUCGCUCACACUUCUGUGAGUUCGUAUCUGUGCUAGUGGCCCAGUGUCAGAACUGUGUAAUCUUUGACGGCUACCUCUUGAAUACACUCAUUUCACUGCUGACGGAGCUCUCCGAUUCCAGAGUUCGCGCUUUCAGGCACACCUGUACGCUAGCAGCAGUGAAGCUGCUCAGCGCUUUGGUGAAUGUGGCUCUCAACCUCACUGUCAGUGUCGAUAACAGUCAGCGGCUGUACGAGGUCGAGCUGGCCAAGAUGGCCAGCAAACGGGCUUCUCCGCGGCUGGACAGGAUCCAGAGAAAGAUCAAUGAGUUACAGGACAGGAAAUUUGAAAUUGAGAACAUGAUGGAUGCCAUAUUCAAAGGAGUCUUCCUGAAAAGAUACAGAGACGUGAUUCCUGAAAUCAGGGCCAUCUGUAUGGAGGAAUUGACGGUGUGGAUGAAACUGUAUAGUUCAGUGUUUCUGAACGACAGCUAUCUGAAGUACGUAGGAUGGAUGAUGCAUGACAAGCAACCUGAUGUGCGUCUGAAAUGUGUGCUGGGUCUGCAGGCACUUUAUCAAGAUCAAAGUUGUUCCAAAAUGGACCUUUUCACGAUAAGGUUUAAGGAGCGGAUGAUUUCCAUGACUCUGGAUAAAGACCAUGAAGUGGCCAUACAGGCCAUGAGAUUGCUCAUGGUCAUCUCUCAAUCCUGUGAGGAUGUUCUGAGUCCUGAUGACCACAAGAACGUCUUCCAAUUUGUGUACUGCUCCCACAGACCUCUAGCAACCACUGCGGGUGAAUUCCUCUAUAAUAGGCUGCUCAGUAACCCUGAAUUAUCAAGACCCAGAGACAAAGCUUCCGAUCAGGAGAAACACAGAGAAUUAGUCUUAGCCAGAAUCCGAGCCCUUAUCCACUUCCACACUGAAAGCGAGCUGCACAAGCAUGUGCUGUACCUCGUGGAUAGUCUGUGGGACAGUGCAGGAGCUCUGCUGAAGGACUGGACCGGUCUUACCUCACUGCUCUUACCUCACACAUCCUGUCAGGAACAAGCUCUGAGCAGUGCUGAGGAGGCCUUUGUGAUUGAGCUCGUGUUGGCGUCAGUGAGACAGGCUGCAGAGGGUCCUCCUGUAUCAGGGAGAGGGGCAGGUAAAAAGGUGAUAAGUACUAAAGAGAAAAAGUCACAAAUUGAUGACUGCACAAAACUCACUGAACACUUCAUUAAAGUGCUGCCUGAGCUUUUAACCAAGUACUCAGAGGAUGCUGAAAAACUGACCUCUCUUCUAAAAAUACCUCAGUAUUUCCAAAUGGACACCUGUGAUCAUGAAAACUCACAGUGUGUGCAGGCAUUGCUGGCUGAGUUGGAGGCUGCGGUGAACAGUCACACAGAUGCUGGGCUGCUGGAGACGGCUGCCCGUUCUUACCAGACCCUCUGUGCUCAGGAUUUUCCCUGGCAUUCUCUGGCCCGGGCCAGCUUUGACCGGCUCAUCCAGCACUGGACAGACACACUGGGCACACGGUUAGGAGAAUCACUGAGUGACGAUUGUUUCAAUGCAAACAAGGACAACACUUUGGAAAUUCUGUCCACACUGAAGAAACUUAAUGUAUUCAACAUUGCUCAGGAUCUGUCUAAAUGGAGCCUGUAUGAGCUGGAGACCAGACUCCUGGAUGUGGAGAUUAAACAUGGUGGUCUUCCAAUGGAGUUGACAACUGAAGCUCUGCGCUGCAUGUGUUGCUGCAUACUUUGGAAGCUCAACACCUUUGGAGAAGGUGUGACCUCCAGGGAGUCCGCCCUCCAGCAGAGAAGCCAGCUACGUGCCUUCUGUGAGAAAUGUCACCGCUGUCUCUCGCACGCUGAGCAGCUUGUACGAGAGCAAGCCUUCAUGUGUCUGAGUGAUGUUCUCAUAGCUCAUAAUUACCGGCUUCAGAUGUGGGAUUCGUCUGCAGGCACUCCAUUGCUGUACACCCCUGAUCCCAAACUCCAGAAAGCUCUUCUAUCCUUUGUCGUGGAACAUGUCUUCACCAGCCCUGAGCAGGACUCCCACAGUAGUAAAGUCAGUGAGAGUGAGUCUGGAGACGGACGGCUGGAAGACUUGCACCGGCGGAGAAAUCUUCUGGCGGCGUACUGCAAGCUCAUAGUGCACAGUGUACUAGAGAUGAGCAUGGCUGCUGAGGUUUUUAAGCAGUAUGUGAAGUACUACAAUGACUUCGGCGACAUCAUCAAAGAGACCCUGAACAGGACACGGCAGAUGGACAAGAUCGAAAGCGCACGCACGCUGGUGCAGUGCCUUCAGCAGCUGUAUCUGAGGCUGAAACAGGAGCAGGACAGAGGAAACACAUGCAGCUCCAGAGUUCAGACUUACAGCAGCAUCAAGGAGCUGGCCAGACGUUUCUCGCUCACCUUCGGAUGGGACCAGAUCAAAUCCCGCGAGUCCCUGGCCAUGAUUCACAGGGACGGAAUUGAAUUUGUUUUCAAAGGGUUCGUUCAGCAGUCUGAGAAACACUCUCCACCGUACAUCUCAUACCUCACCAUCCUCAGCGAAUUCUCAAGCAAACUGCUCAAACCGGACAAGAAGACUAUCUACAGUUAUUUGCAGAAGUUUGCUGGUGAGCAGGUCAUCAACAACAGAGAGGAAUGCUGGAUGCCGCUGAUUUACUACAGAGCGUCUCUGAUGGGCACGGCCGAGGGAGAAGAUGCCGUCUCCUUCAUCAGCUCCGAUACCAACAAACAGCCCUCUAUCACCAACCGCUCCAGAUCACCCUCUGUCAAACAACUCAACUCUGAAGGUGACCAAAGGUUUCUUUCCCCCUCUUCAGACCCAAAAGGGAACAAGCUUCUGAAAAGUUUUGAAGACUCGAAAGUCCAACAAGCCCCACUGAGCAGAGAGCAGCUGACCAACAGUAUCGUGUCUGCUAAAGGUCCAAGGAGCAUUGAUGAAGUUGAUGUGGAUACUGUAGAUAUCGACGACUAAUGUUGUAGUUCACGUCUGUCAUCAUUGAUCUGUUUUUGUAUUCACUGUCUUGUGUUGGUAAAGGACAACAUUUGCACUACACAAUGUCCUAUAUAUAAAAACUGUGCCAUUUAAAAAUAAUCACGAUCACAUUCAUAAUAAGGCGGUGCUGAAAUAUUUGUAAAGAAUGUAAAUUCAUGGUGCAUUGAUAUUGCUGAAAGUUUUGCACAGCCUGUGUGGGCUUAAAAAGACAGAAUAAUGCACUUUCAAAUCUUGAUGUUUAAAAACACUCAUAGCUAAUUGUAGCAAAUUUGGACCUUCAAUUUUUGUUUCAUAUUGGCUGCCCUGUGUAUGUUUAAACCACAAAUACCCAUUUUGUUCAUAGUAGUGUGGUUUUUAUUCAGGUAUUCAAAUAAGCUACAUGUGUUGUAAAUUAAAGAGACGCAGCUGUGUUUUUUUUUUUGGGCACAGCUGUUUAUGUUCUACUUGUAAAAUUAAAACACAGGAUAUGUUAAGUUUAAUAAACAGCAAUAAGAACCUGCA